AUGACCACCCACGUCGUCUCCCUUCAUCACUUGCAGCGUUGCGCCUUCAAUCCAUCUAACGCAGCUAGUUUCCUUCCGUAUACUGUCGAUUUCCACGAGUCCAAGUCCAACCCCGCAAGCCCACCACAACCAGCUCCCCCAAAGCUGAACGAGACUGCCCGCGAGUCCUCCUCUACCAGCAUAGGCAGUGCACGACCGCUUAGCAAAAAUGCAGCCGACGAACAGCCUCAAAGCCUCCUUAAGCGGGCGCCGCCAUCGCAUAUUCAGCUGCCCAAGACCCCCAUGAGAAUGGCUGAGCACGAAGACUUCUUUACUCCUGGUCAGCCCAGCGCUGCUACUCAUUUCCCAAAACCAGCAGACCCCCGGGGCUUGGUACGUAGCGAUGCCCACGUCCCCGAAUGGGGUACUACCGGUCUGUUCUUCAACCAGCCCAUGUCGAGGGCCGAGCCAGCACCUCCUGACACAAUUCUCGAAUACGCAAAGGCGCAGGAGCGCGCGCAAGCACAGAAGGAGCGCAUGAAGGGCUCACACGCCGGCAAGCCUACAACAGACCCGCGAUGGGCCACUGAGUACACCGUUGUGCCUGCUGUCCAGGGCAACGGCGGACUUACCAACGCUCUGCGUUGUGCAGUCGACAACAAGUGCAUCAGCGACACGAUAACUGUGGGCUUGAUCGGCUUCCCCACAGACAGCUUGAAUGAGGAGAAGAAGACGGAGAUUUAUGAGAAACUCGAGGAGGAGCAUGACGCCCUUACCGUCUUCGUCAGCGACAAGGACUUCGACGGUCACUAUGCUCACUACUGCAAGACUAUCCUGUGGCCAGUCUUCCAUUACAUCAUUCCCGAUCACCCCAAGAGCAAGGCUUUCCUUGAUCACUCAUGGGUCUUCUAUGUCAAGGUCAACCAAGCCUUCGCAGACAAGGUUGUCAAGAACUACAAGCGCGGAGACGUCAUCUGGAUCCACGAUUACCAUCUGUGUCUUGUUCCCCAGAUGAUCCGCCAGAAGCUCCCAGAUGCGCAGAUUGGCUUCUUCCUCCACACCGCCUUCCCAUCGUCUGAGGUGUUCCGCUGCUUGGCUGCGCGGAAGGAGCUGCUGGACGGUAUGCUCGGAGCCAACCUAGUUGCAUUCCAGACACCAGAAUACGCCCACCAUUUCCUACAGACAUGUAGCAGGAUUCUCUCAGUCGAGGCGACCGAAGAUGGUGUCCAGCUAGAAAACCGCUUCGUCAACGUGCACUCAUCACCGAUCGGCAUUGACCCUCGAGCUCUUGCCCUGGCGCGGGAAGAGCCCGAGGUUCUGGAGUGGAUCACGACUAUGCAGAAGAGAUACGAGGGCAAAAAGGUCAUCGUUGCUCGUGACAAGCUCGACAACAUCCGCGGUGUCCGACAGAAGCUGUUGGCAUUUGAGCUAUUCUUGAACAAGAACCCAGAAUGGAGAGAUAAGGUUGUCAUGAUCCAAGUCGCCACAUCCACCACUGAGGAUACUGAGCUCGCUGCCACUGUCUCCGAGAUUGUCACUCGUAUCGAUGCCGUCCACUCGACCUUGACGCACAACCCUCUCAUCUUUUUAAGACAAGAUAUUGCUUUCUCGCAAUACCUUGCACUGCUCUCCAUCGCUGACGCUCUCGCCAUCACGAGUCUCCGUGAAGGCAUGAACCUCACUUGCCAUGAGUUCGUCAUCUGCCAAGAUGGGCGUGCGAGCGACAAGAAGUACAGCCCCGUCAUUCUCAGUGAGUUUACCGGAAGUGCCUCAGUUUUCAACGGGGCCGAUCUAGCCGUAAACCCAUGGGAUUACAACAGCAUCGCGGAAGCAUUCCGGGUUGCAUUGGAGAUGACCGACUCCGAAAAGGAAAGGAGAUACACCAAGUUGCGCAACACAGUUAUGCACCAAACUGGCGAUUUCUGGGUGAAAAACCUGAGUACCCAUCUAGCCAAGGUCCACGAGGAACAGUUCAAGCGCGACACCAUGUCGAUUCCUCGUCUCUCUUCCAGCAAUCUUGCUCGUACUUAUCAGGAAUCUCAGCGACGACUCUUUGUCCUUGAUUACGAAGGUACCCUCGCUUCUUAUGGAUCUGUGAACAACACCAUCUUGGCAAACACCGAGCGUGUCAUCGUCGUUCUCAACGACCUUGUCGCUGAUGAGAAGAACGUCGUCUACGUUAUGACCGGUCGGACUGUUCGCGAGACCGAGCUCAUCUUUAACCGCGUGCGAGGUCUCGGUCUCAUCGCCGAGAACGGUUGUUUCUUGCGCGAGCCCAGUGCGAGUGAAUGGAUCCAAUUCCCUGAAGAAGAGAAGACUGUAAAAUGGAAGGACUCGGUCAAGCCUAUCUUACAGUACUAUCUCGAGCGUGUGGAAGGCAGCUGGGUUGAGGAGCGUCACUGCUCUAUUAUCUUCCACUACAACAAACCGACCGACAAGGACGACUCCGCAAGCCGACAUGCCGGCGACUGUGCGAACCACAUUAACGAUGCAUGUGAACAGCAACGCAUCAAGGCGGUUCCCACCAAAGACUCCGUUGUCAUUGAGCCCAUCGACUUCGAUAAGGCCUCUGCUUCGCAGUACAUCUUCAGCAAGUACCCAGAGACAGCUCGACCCGACUUUGUGUUUGCGGCUGGAAAUGACCGGAGCGAUGAGGGUGUCUUCCGAUGGGCAGAGAAGUUAAAGGAAGAGUGGAAGGUUCCCAAUGUCCAGACCGUCACCGUGGGUGACCGCAACUCAAUUGCCAUGUCGACACUACCCAACGGUGCAACUGGUUUGCUUGGCGCUCUAAGCAAACUCUCAAAGAACCCUCGCUCGACUUGA